AUGAAUUCUUUGACCAUGACAACCUAUGAAACACCAAAAAUACAAAAUGGAUCUCAGUCCUUUGUGACUUUCUUCUGCUUCUUCAGUGACAAUGGCCGUGUAGCAGAAAAUGGAGCAGAGGGUGCUAAGAAUGGUGCAGCUUUUAUAUCGUCUCUGAACUUUAACUUGGUUGUUAAUGCUUCAGAUGCGAGACCCUUACUCACCUGCUCCAACCCUGCAUUUGCGACGUCUCUGCUGAGUUCCUUGAACUCAGGAGUUGGGGGUGGCCCCCUCCGGGCUCCGGCUCCGACCAUCGCUGGUGAAGGGCGCUGGGAGUGCUGGAACCCGGAGGGCCCCGCAGCUCCUUACAUCUCGCUGGGGCCUCCAAUUCAGGCCGGGGCGGACCGGGACAAGCCGGGGCGAGCCGCGCCAGGGCUAGCCGAGCUGCGCCAGGGCGGGGCGGGGCGGGCUGAGCCAGGACUGAGCCGGGGCGGGGCGGGGCGGGGCGAGCUGAGCCGGGGCGGGGCGUGCCGACCCGUGCCGACCCGUGCCGACCCGUGCCGACCCGUGCCGACCCGUGCCGACCCGUGCCGACCCGUGCCGACCCGUGCCGACCCGUGCCGACCCGUGCCGCGCCGGGGCGGGCCGUGCCGACCCGUGCCGACACGUGCCGACCCGUGCCGACCCGUGCCGACCCGUGCCGACCCGUGCCGACCCUUGCCGCGCCGGGCAGGCCGUGCCGCGCCGGGGCAGGCCGUGCCGCGCUGGGGCCAACCGUGCCGCGCCGGGGCGGGGCGAGCUGAGCCGGGGCGGGGCGUGCCGACCCGUGCCGACCCGUGCCGCGCUGGGGCGGGCCGUGCCGCGCCGGGGCGGGGCGAGCUGAGCCGGGGCGGGGCGUGCCGCGCCGGGGCGAACCGUGCCGCGCCGGGGCGGGGCGAGCUGAGCCGGGGCGGGGCGUGCCGACCCGUGCCGACCCGUGCCGACCCGUGCCGACCCGCCGUGCCGCGCCGGGGCAGGCCGUGCCGCGCUGGGGCGAACCGUGCCGCGCCGGGGCGGGGCGAGCUGAGCCGGGGCGGGGCGUGCCGACCCGUGCCGCGCUGGGGCGGGCCGUGCCGCGCCGGGGCGGGGCGUGCCGACCCGUGCCGCGCUGGGGCGGGCCGUGCCGCGCCGGGGCGGGGCGAGCUGAGCCGGGGCGGGGCGUGCCGCGCCGGGGCGGGCCUCUUCAGAAGGAAGAGGGGUAGUGAAACAGCGUCUCACAUUUGA